CUCCAUAAACACAGUCAUGUUGGGCUGAUGCACUCAUUCACACACCUCCCCCUCCACCUCCAACGCGCAUGCUCCGUACCGCUCCAUGAGUGCUGUUUCGGCCUCUUUCGGGACUGGCCGUACAUUUUCGCCUCUUUGUUUUACUGAUAGUGGAUUUAACUCGGAUUCGACCCAAUAUCCAGCGGGCUGUACUGUACCCAAACAGGUGCUGAGGAGGGGUAUUCCAUGAUGAGGAGUUAGCGGUAAACGACGUUAGCCACGUCAGCGGUGCACAUCAACAGGAACGCUAGUGGUCGCCACGACAACCGCAGUGUCCACAUGGCGGCGCUAGGGAACCCCGACAUGCUGACCAGGAAGAUCAAGUUGUGGGACAUCAACGCCCACAUCACCUGUCGGCUGUGUGAGGGAUACCUGAUCGAUGCUACCACGGUUACGGAGUGUUUACACACCUUCUGCAGGAGCUGUCUCGUGAAGUACCUGGAGGAGAACAACACGUGUCCCACCUGUAGAAUCGUGAUUCACCAAAGUCACCCGCUGCAGUACAUAGGACAUGACAGAACAAUGCAAGACAUUGUAUACAAGCUCGUCCCAGGAUUGCAAGAGGCGGAGAUGAAGAAGCAGAGAGACUUCUAUCAGAAGUUGGGGAUGGAGGUUCCUGGGGACAUCAAAGGAGAGCUGUGCAACAUGAAAACCCCCCUGGACCAACGGAAUGGUGACUCAAAAUCUGAGGAGACGACAAAUAAGGAGGCCGGGGAAGAGAAACCAGAGGAGGACAACGACUAUCACCGUAGCGACGAACAGGUGAGCAUCUGUCUGGAGUGCAACAGCAGUAAGCUGCGGGGGCUGAAGAGGAAGUGGAUUCGCUGCUCGGCUCAGGCCACCGUCCUGCACCUCAAGAAGUUCAUCGCCAAGAAGCUCAACCUCACCUCCUUCAACGAGCUGGACAUUUUAUGCAACGAGGAGAUCCUGGGCAAGGACCACACUUUGAAAUUUGUUGUUGUGACAAGAUGGAGAUUUAAGAAAUCUCCGCUCCUUCUCCACUACAGACCGAAGAUGGACCUCCUGUAGCCAGAACUCCCGACUCUUUGGUUUGGUUUCUGUUGUCUUUUUUACCGUGUUUUGUUUUGUGUCGGACAGCGGGGGUCUCGGUAGGACCGUUUUGCUCGCCCUCUGUGUCACGUGUCGCCGAUGGGAUAGUUUUUCUUUUUGUACUGAGAAACCCGCGGGGGGAGAGAGACCGACCGUGGUGCGAGAAUCCACACCAGCAGAACUAGAGCUGAACGAGGCGGAGUCGACAGGACGAACUAACACACGACGCCCACCUCCAGCACACAAUGCUCCCUGGAAGCUCCUGGAACUAAGAUCAACCUUUUUUUUUUUUUAUUAUUGUGUGUUCGCUACGUCCUAAAUAUGUGAACGGAAAAAAAGAAUUCCCGCUGGAAAAAGAGCAUAUAUUUAUACUUUUGUACAGACGAGAAACAUGGAGCCGUGAAUAUAUUGGUGCUCUGUUUACACACAAACCACAAACAAACAAACAAACAAUGCGAUGUCGUUGAGGGGGGUUUGGGGGAGUAACCCAUGUUUUUUCUUUUUAUUUGUACUAUUCUUUUCGACCUACUUCCUGGUGAAACAUUGGAUGGGAAGGAGGAUGUUUUUUGAUACAAGGUAGGUUGCUUCCCAAAUAACUGUAGUCACAUCAGAGCAUCGAUGAAGUUAUAUCCAAGAUGUAAUUUUUCUUAAGUUGUUUAUCAAACCAUGUUUCUGUUUUCGUUUAUUUUAUUUACUUUUGGGUUCUUCAGAUUGUCAAAUUGUGAAUAGGCUGACUUUUUUGUGUAGUAAUUUAUGUUCUAUAUAUAGAUAUUGUACAUAAAAUGUCAUUACAAGAGUGCGAGAGAGAGACAGACAGAGAGAGAGACUUUAGACUGUUAAAAGAUGGGAUUCCAGAAGUGCUAUCUAUAUGUUGGGCCUCAUGUAUGUAGUCUGGCUUUACAAAUAGGUUCACAAAGACCCGCUAUCCGUAUCAGAAUAUAUAAAUCUACAUCUUUAUUUUGUCUGAAGAAGGCACAAAAAAUGUUUAUCAAAUCCUCCAUUCUAUGUGUAUUCGGGGCCUUCGUAUGCUUUUAUUUGGUAAAUUGCUGUUAAGUCUCGUUUUCAGCUAGAACCAGAAAUCCAACCUUCAGUACCCCACAUUCAUCAAUCCCUCCCAACUCAAAUACAAUUUCAUUCAACAUACUGUUAUUUUUUAAAUACGGUACAACAGAAAAGUGCAUCAAACUGUCAUAAAAAAUUCCCCGGAAAACGCUUGGAGAAAUGUCAGGGCCUUAGUCGAAGAAUGGGAUCAUGUUCUUAGAAAUUAUUAUUUUAUUAAUCUACAUUUCUUAAUAACUAAUCCAUCUGCUGUCAAACAAUCAAAAACAUCUCUGGGACACAGAAAAUAUAUAGCUGACGCUAUUGCUAGAAGCUUAUUAUUAGCUUGCUUCUUCUCGAAGAUACUGGUCUUAUCGCGACGGAAACUGGUUCCGUCCACCAACUUCCCACUUUGCAAAUUUAAGGCAAAAAUGAUAUAUUGGGAUUAUUAGCAUAUUAGGUGUUAAUGUGAAAAAUAUGAUUCAAAGAAAUUUAUAAUAACACUUCAAAAUACCAAUUUAUGAACAAAAUAAGAUGUUUCACAGGGGACUGAGUAAUUUUUCAAUAGUUUUGAUGCACAAUUGUAUAACAAAAAUUAUGGCUGUUUUGUCAUUUGGUGCUGAUGUGUGUAUGUUGUACCCUGGAAAGAUUCCUCAACUGUCGGACUUUAACUGUGACCUCAGCAAAGCCAUUGAAGUAGAUCUUGAGCUUUCUGAGUAAUUUCCACCCUGUUUCCACACCAAUGCCCAACUUCUCUGAUAACCAACACUUCAACCUCUCUGAUAACCAACACUUCAACUGGCCAUUUUAACUUGUGUUAUACAAUGGCCAUUCCCACCAUUUCCCUUGCCAUGAUCUUAACCACCCUCCGAUCAUCGCUUUCUCAUUCAAAACUGGAAGCAUCACCAUCCCCCACCAUAUCCCAUAAUGUGGUCAACCCCACCCUAUUCCCUUCUGUGAUCCCCGUCGACCCUCAGCCUAUCUGAUAAUGUAGUCCUCCCCACCCGACUCUUCUAUGAUCACAACCACCCGACACACUAUCCCUUAGUCUGGUUACUACCGCGCUAUUCCUAAUGGUCAGCACUACCCUGUUUACUACUCUGAUCACCAACACCCACCACCCUAAUCACUACUGUGAUCACCAUCGACCCCCAACCUAUCCCAUAAUGUGGUCAUCACCUCCCUAUUCCCUAUUGAGGUCCUCUCCAGCCUUAACCCUGGCCAUUCAGAUGGUGUUAUUGUCGUUUCAACCAAUUUAUCGUUGGUGCCAUGCCGUAAUUCCGACGCCUCAUUGUUCCGACGUCUCAAUGGUCCGAAAUAUUUCCCAUUAGAUCGACAUGCCGACGGUUCAAUGUUACGAAAAUGGAACCCAUUGUUUUCCGAAGGGCUGUUUGUCCGAUAAGUCAAACAAGAGGCGCAUUAGGCCGACGGUUCAAUAUGCCGAAUAGGCCUACAUAUAAAGAGAUUUAUACCUCUCUCUCUCUCUAAGCACCAAAAUGCAACCUAGACCUACAUAUCACGUUCACGAUGAAUUUUGGAGAGCAAAGUGACAAGAGAGAGAGCGCGAGUGAGUCUUUAUAUGUAGGCCUAUUCGGCAUAUUGAACCAUCGGCCUAAUGCGCCUCCUUUUUGAAAAGUCGGACAAACGGCCCUUCGGACCAAUGGGUUCCGCUUUCGUAACAUUGAACCGUCGGCAUAGUGGCAUGACGAUCUAAUGGGAAAUAUUUCGGACCAUUGAGACGUCGGAACAACGAGGCGUCGGAAUUACGGGCAGGCCCCAUAUUGAUUCAGUGGAAGUUUCAUUCAUUUUUCCUUCUACAACAACCUACAUGUUUGAUUUGAGUGGGAACGGAAAGUUUUGCCUCGGUCACCAAGGCAACCGACCUGUUGUGGUAAAGCCCACAUUCUCCAUUGAUUCACUGUGUCUUUGUUUGAGGUGCUUCUGUGAGGUGAACUAAGUUGUUUGAUAUGUUUCAGGUGCUAACGGUGUAUUAACUCUCUACUGAGACGCAACAGAAUCUAUAACAGGAAGACUAUGGAACAUUAUUGGCUGUUUGAUCUUUAUGAAAGAAAAUUGUGUGAAUCCUAUCAAAUACCUUGUGAUUAUUGUCAUGACCAGCUUGACCAAAACGCUUUUUGUUUUUGUUCGUAGUAUUUUCAGGAGAAUAAUAACCCUAACCAUAAUUAUUAAUUCAUUAUUGUUUAUUAUUCGCCUUAUUUGGUUAUCUUGAGAUCCCGGCUUGCAUAUAAUCUAAUCCUAGGUUUCCAAUUCUAAAUUAGCAGGAAAUGUGUUGGUUACACAGUUAAAACGGCCCAUCUUAUGACAAUAAGGCAAUCUCAUGGUAGAUUCACAUAGUUCCCAUGACAACCCCUUAUUGUCCUGUCCACUAUUCUCAUUGUGUUAAUUUUGGCAGCGUUUUUACCUACAAUGUGUACAAUACAGAAUAAUUUACCGGAAAAUCCCCCCCCCCCCCCCCCCCACAGCGCUGGCGAAUAAUCCAACCAACCCAAAAGAUCUCUCAAAGUCCUCGGACCUUUGUCUAAGCCAUGCCAUGGUUUGACAGUGAUUCAUCAGCUCCUUCUUAUUUAAGACCUUGGGCAUAACAGAUUUCCCAAAGGCCUGCAGCAAACCAUGAUGCAUUAAAACGUUUGGUACAUGAACAUCACACAGCAUCAUGGUCAGACAUUGGGGUAUUCGUUCAGAAUACACCUGAACACACAAAAGCCCCCCCUGCAGCCGUUGAGAUGGCGACCCUUACUCACCAACAUCCCCAACACUCACGUUAUGUGUUGGCAUGACGCCGGAGUGCAUAUUCAGGUCACUUUUUUUUUUUUUGUAUCAUGUUUUUCUUUUCUUUUUUAUGCGUUUUCAAGAGUCGUGUUUUUCGGGGGCGUUGCCACGGUGAUCUUGAAGCUGGGCGACUGGGAGGAGCUUCUCGUCUGUUCCUUUCCCAUGGUGCUUAACUAUGGUGCUAACAUCUUCUGAGCUGAUACUUUUCUAAAUACUCUAGUCAAAUUUAUUCAGGGAGAGAAAAUGUGAGUCUUCGCUUUCUUUGUGAAGUAACUACAUUAAAAGCAGGUACUGCACAAAUGUUUUAUUUAAAAUGCAUUGUGGAACCCGACUAAGUGGUCUUGAACAGUAUGGGUGCUUUGAGGUGUAGGUGUGUGUUCAAGUAGUUCCUGUAGGCGCUAGGUCACAGCAUUUCAAGUAGAAAGGCAGUGGCAUGUGGGCCUCACGGGUUGCUGCCCGCGUGUGUGUGUGUGUGUGUGUGUGUGUGUGUGUGUGUGUGUGUGUGUGUGUGUGUGUGUGUGUGUGUGUGUGUGUGUGUGUGUGUGUGUGUGUGUGUGUGUGUGUGUGUGUGUGUGUGUGUGUGACAACAAAACAGAAUUGUGUGUUAGCAGAGGUCAGCUCGACAGUACGACGGAACUAAAACUCCAGAAGUCCAUCUUGGAGCAUGCGCUUUAAAGAAAUCUGCACUACUCUGCAAUACAGUACAUAACUAUUGGCCUUCACAACAAACUGUGUUGCAGGCUAGCCUUUAGGCAAUGUAAGCAUGCAGACACAUGUUCUCUGUAGAGAGGAAAGGACUAAUCUGCGCAAACUUUCUAGUGUUUUGAGACUGAUUUGCCCCCCUCCCCAGCGAUCUAUAUUCUGGCACGCCCCCAUGAGCCAUAACGGACGACCUCUGUAAAUUUGUCCACUUUAGUAUUAUUUAUUGAGGCUGUAAAAUAUUCCGAUAUUGUGUUUUGUUUAAAAACAUUUCUUUCCCAUGUGUUUAUUUUGUUGUAUACUUUAUUCUCUCCAUCAACCUUCAUUGUAUUUUGAAACAGGCUACUGUACUCAUGCACAUGUUCUUUUGAAAUUUUGGAAUUUAUAACAAAAUACAUCUCAUGUUAUUUUUCCUGAUUUCUUCGUGCUCUCAUCUACAUUUUUCAGUGUAAUAAUCACACAUAAAAGGUUUGCUAAUAUUUGAAUCGAGGGAAAAGUGAAACACAAAAUACUUCUCUUCAAUCUGGCAGUGUUCAUUUGUAUUUACAAAGAUUCUAUUUUGAAUAAUGUGCAAUAUGUGUUUUUCAGACAGUUCCUGAUUUCACUGUACAGCUCAAACUGUUUUAUUUCCAGUCGAUUCCUCAGGUCACACACACUGCCUUCAGUUAGGCAACCAGGGAAUCUCAGAAUUUACACUAAUGCAUCGCAAACACAAAACGACUGGACUUUACUACGCUUUCCGUCUCUUUCGGGUUCUUAUGACAGUUUUUCCUUUCAGACUUUGUUUGUUUCCUGUUUUUGUUAUCGUUCAUUUUUCUUGGUGAAUGCAGGCACUUAUUCAGGUGUCCAUUUUCCUUUCCCGCCUUUUUUUUAUGAAUGUUAUUUAUUGCACAUGUAAUGAAAUGUUCCUUUCAUUGCCACAUAUAAGUAAAGGAGUUUGGGUUCGAGACCGGGGUUGGAAUUUCUUACGUAGAAAAAUUUCUGAGGCUUUUGUCAAAACCUAAGUGUGUAUUUCAUCAAUAAAUGCCUUUUUAAAAGUGUUAUCAGUGCUCUGCUGUUUCAUGUUUGGUGUGUACUUUCAAAACUGA